CCGCAUCCCCAAUCGUGCCUGAAGCAACUUGCAUAUAAGAGCAACUAUCCAGCCAAAGGUUUGCUAGGCAAUUGAAACUACACCGUUGAAACCAUGGUUCUUUUUGUACUGGCCGUUUCCUUACUCCUUGCGCUCGGCACGGGAGUUAGUGCAGAAUGCGUUGCCUGUCCUAAUUGCGAUUACGAGCGGAUCAGUAUCGAGCAAGGAGAUGCAUGCAUCAACUUCUGGACGUGCUCAGGCGACACUAUCACGUGCACUUACCCUUCUGUUGCAAAUCCGGGAACGUGGAAUAACUGCUCAUAUAGUGCAUCGACCGGUUGGGCGCUCGCGGAUGGCUCUAGCGAGAUCUGCUUCUCGGGAGCGGGAGCCAAUGCAAAAUGUGAAGCACCGAAUAACCCUUACAACAAUGCUAUCCCAGCCUGCACCGCUUCAUAUGGGCUUAUCAAUGGAACUAACGGUCAGUUGUUGUAAGGAUUGAGGAGUUAAAGAGCCUGGUGCAGCGCGGGCUACCUCUACCGUGAAGUGCACG